AUAUACCCAUUUAUAUCGUGGAGGAUCAAUUCAAUUUAUCUCUCUCAACCAAGUAAAAGGUGCAGCACGUUAUAGUGGAGGUUGGAACAGGGGAGGCCCUUAUAUAGUCUAUUUUUGUUCACAAUUUAACAUCAACGCCACGGAGUUUAAGACCUGGCGGAGUACUGAAUAUUUUCGAUCUAAAGAUUCAGAAAACUUUGAUGGAACUCAAUUUGGUGGCGUUGAUGGAGUUAUUUUAACGUUUAAUACUACUAGAAAUUCGGUAAUCAUAUCAAAAGUUGGAAUUUCAUUUAUUUCGGUUGAUCAAGCUUGUAGUAAUGCUGAAAAUGAGAUAUCGGAUUGGGAUUUUGAAAAGACUAAGCAAGAAGCCGUAAAGGCUUGGCAAACGGAGUUGGAAAAAAUAUAUGUUGAGGGUGGUUCUGAUGAGUUAAAAACUAUUUUUUACAGUGGCUUAUACAGAACAAUGAUUAUGCCUAGUGACAGAACGACAAACCCAUUAUUCACGCUUUUCCAACAAGAACGAGCCGUAGACAUUGUUAGAUCAUUGAUUGAUAUGUAUGAAAAUGAAGGAUAUAUGCCUGAUGGAAGAAGUGGAUUAUCGAAUGGGAUUACGCAAGGUGGAUCUAAUGCUGAUAUGGUUGUGGCGGAAACUUAUUUAAAAAAAUUAGGUACUAAUGUAAUUGAUUGGGAUCUCAAUUGA